GAUUCGUCGAGUGCAUUCCCGUAAUGCUAUUUAUGAUGUAUUUCUCGGUUAAUUAGUUGCAGCUGGAACGGCCAAGGGAUUGCCUUGGCUUCCGCAUCUUCAACAUUCCCAUCAACUCUGACUCCCAUCCCCUAUUCCCAUCUUCAUUUCCAUCUGCGACUGCUGCGCUCUUUUUGGGCUGUCACAUCUAUUCGUGCUGCUUGAUCGCUGAUGGAUGGCUGCCUUUGCAUCAUUUAUCUUCCAGGGAGUUGCACGUGGAACUGCAACGACUUCCCGGAAUUGGAGCAGAACCUCAGUGCCACACAGUGGCAGCUGCAACGCCCUGAACUUCCCUCACUCCAUGACUUGGCUUCCAAAAAAUAUUACGAUCCACAAAUUCAGCCGAAUAAUUAUAAACUUAAAUUAAGCUCGCAAUUAAGUCGUUAAAUGUUGUUACGCAAAAUUAACUCGUCUCUUGAUCAUAGUCGGAAUUGGCAUUAUAAAAGUCGGAUCAGCAUUGCGAAGAGUUAAAUCCAUUGAGUAUGUUUUCCAUUUACUUUCAAUUUAUUCUCUUUGGGCUCUGUUGCCUGCUGCUUCAUGUGCUGGCCAAGCCGCAGCUGAACGAGGAUUGCGAGCUCAAUGCAGCUGACACCAUGCACGAUUUUUGCUGUGAACUGCACGAGGAAUCAUCAGAGUUCACCGAGUGCCAAAUGGAUUGGUUCUCAAAGCGAGCCGAACAGCUGGAGCAGGCCUACAUGUUUUGCACAGCUGAAUGCGCCUUCAACGCAACUGAGUAUCUAGCUGCCAAUCGUCAAUCGUUGAAUCUGCGCAGGAUUAAAGAGCAUCUGGAAGAUGAGCUAGACAGCAAGGCGGAGCAGAAGCAGCUCUACGAGACUUAUGUGAAAUGCGAUAAGCAUGCUCUUUCGCUGCUGCGCCACAAAGGCGUUCUGGCAAUUGCCAAACAUUUGACUACACAUGGGUGUCAUGUGUAUCCUGGCCUUGUGCUGGAAUGCGUGGCUAACGAGAUGAUUCUCCACUGUCCAGCUGAACGGUUUAGCAAGGUGGCACAAUGCCGCGCCACACGCGAUUAUUUGCGUCAGUGCUUCGCGUAUCUGAAAUACAAAACUUAAGAGCUAAUUGAAGCGUAUACGUAAUAAAGCUCAUUAUGUCUGACAAUUACAUUUCAGAUCUUUCUCUUUGACAUAAUCCUAAGCAUAUAUUUCUUCCUUCCAAGGC